GAACUUUAAUUUUUUUUUUUUUAAUUAAUUUUUUGUUCUUAUUUUGAAUAGAGUAAAUAAUAUAAUAUAUUUUUACUAUACAUACAUGUAUAUUUACAAACGAUUUUAGUCUCAAGUUUAAGUAUAAUUUUUUUAUAUGACCUUAGUAAUAUAAUACUUAUUUUUAAAAAUAGGAUAGUUUGAAAAAUUAACCAUACAUGGUACUUUCACAGUGCCACAAUUCUUUAUUUCAACUAAUUUUAAUUUAAUUUAUAUUUUAAAUGAAUCUUCUGUUGUAUAAACCAUGUACAAACUGUACAUUGUAUAUUUUUGUCUUUUUAAUUUCGUGAUAAGUCAACAAAAACAUGGCCAUUCAAGAAUGUAUGAUAAACUAUCCAAUCAUAUUAUUAGCCAAAUCAAUAAAGCUAAAGAAGAUUAUGUGCCUUGUAAAAACAAAAAUGGAACUUGUUUUUUCCCAGCAAUUUUGCAAGAUAUAGAACCAUUCAUAGAUGGGAUUACUCAUGAUUUGAUAUCUUCUGCUUCUGAAAAAGGAACACGAUACAUGAUAUACAACCAUGACUUGUAUAGAGAAACAAAAUGUAUGUUUCCAGCUCGCUGUGAAGGUGUUGAGCAUUUCUUAUCUAAAAUCCAGUUGAAUGUUCCUGAUGUAGAGUUUAUUUUAAAUACUCGUGACUGGCCUCAAAUCAUUAAGCAUUUUGGUGAUCCUAAACCUGUAUUCUCGUUUAGCAAAACAGAUGAUUAUGCUGAUAUAAUGUAUCCAGCGUGGUCUUUUUGGAGUGGUGGACCAGCCAUUAAACUUCAUCCAACUGGACUUGGCCGUUGGGAUCUUUUGAAGAAAUCUAUGUUAAAAGAAGCUGAAAAAUGGCAAUGGAAAGAUAAGAUAUCUAAAGGAUUCUUUAGAGGUUCUCGAACUAGUGAUCAGAGAGAUGCUCUAGUGCUUUUAUCACGAAGUUCUCCAGAAUUGGUUGAUGCAGCAUAUACCAAAAAUCAAGCAUGGAAAUCUGACAAGGAUACUCUAUAUGUUGCACCAGCCAAUGAAGUAUCUUUAGAAAAUCACUGUCAAUAUAAAUACUUAUUUAACUUCAGAGGUGUUGCAGCUAGUUUUCGUUUUAAACAUCUAUUUUUAUGUAAAAGUCUUGUUUUUCAUGUUGGAGAAGAUUGGAAGGAAUUUUUCUAUAAGUUCAUGAUUCCGUGGUAUCACUAUAUACCUAUAAAUCCUAAUGCUUCAGAAAAAGAAAUUAAAAAUAUUCUUUUAUUUUUCAAAGAACAUGACGAUUUAGCUAAAGAAAUAGCCUAUCAAGGUUAUAGAUUCAUUAGAACUCAUCUACGGAUGAAAGAUGUAACUUGGUAUUGGGAAACUUUACUUACAGAGUAUGCUAAACUGCUUAAGUAUAAACCAAUUCCAGACAAAGAACUCAAUAAAUUGAAUCCAUGAACAAUUUUGCUCAAUUUUAUCCUUUAAACUUGCAACUAAAUAAAACUCAAGUAUACUAUGGUAAUUUUUAAUAAAAUUCAUUUCUUAAAAAGUUUAAUACUUUAACUUAUAUAAUAAAUAUUAAUCGUUUGUAUCGAUUUUAUAACAUAAAUCAAGUGAUAUCUAGAUUUUUUAAUUUUAAUAUAAUAAUUUUCUUAAUGUUAGAAGAUUUUAUAAGAAUAAAAAACUAAUUUAAAUGAAAGAGCAAAUUAAUUAUAAAUUUAACAUCCAAGUUCAAAAUUAAUACAGACCAUUACAAACAGAAUAGUAGUAUUUUCUCCAUAACAAAUGUAAAUCUUUUCUUGUGGUGAAUAAGAUAAAUAAAACUUGAAUUAAAAAGUUUUAUAUAGAUACCUAGUAUUGUAACCAUUAAUUAAAUACAUUUUUUUACUGUUUUUAGUAAGUGUAGUAAUGUCAA